CUUCUUUUAAGGCGUUGUUUGGACAUAUUUACGUUAAUUUGAGCACAGCAUGAACAACUGUUCAUGGUGUUAUCAGUAAAGAAAAAUGCGCACGCUUCAAUGGAACCACUGUGAAUAUAAAAAGGACAAUGAUGUAACAAGCUCUAAUAUAAGGGACUAUUUUAAUAUUGUGCUUGGAUUUUGCUAGAAUUGCGAUUCGAUAAUUAUUGGUAAUAUUGAUGUGUAGCCAACAGAUUGGGUUUUUUCAGCUUUAUUUGCAGCUUUUUACCCAGCACACUGCGUUGGGUAUAAUUAUUCAGUCCGAAUUGUGUCGUUUUCAUUCACAAAUUAAACGCUUUUACGCGCAGCGCAUUAUUUACGCACGAAGGAGCGGCGCCUCCUUCGUGUCUAUGUGCCAAACAUUCCUAUGCCUAUUUUUGUUUUGGACAGCACGAACACAAAUCCACAUUUUAGCAGGAUCUGUGCUAUCGUUCUUCUUGUGAAAUCUAAUCGCAGCCUCUGGUCUUUCGUUUCUCUGGUUUUAAGGGCGCAGCAGCGGCGGCACCACCCACCCCGCUCUCCCUCUCCACCACUCCCCCUUCGUGAUCCACAGACAGGCGGGGUGAGAGCGGCGGCACAUAACGUUACGAGGCGCAGCGUGAAGACAAACACCGUCGCAUUGGAAUGAGCUGUAACGGGAAUCCCCUCCAAGCCCACCUCUUCAGGCUCCGGACGCUGAAAACGUGAAACGAAAAAAAGGCUGCAGCAUCUGUUGGAAAUCAACUCUGCAGAGAUUUGGGGGGGAAAAAGAAAAAGAAGCUUAGGAUCAUCUCCUGCAGCAGCAGCUGCGUAUCUUUUCUCUGGCCUGGACAACGCUCCCAUCUCUUAACGCGUAUAUUCGCUCAUCACUGGGGCCGAGGAGACGCUGACAGGGGCGUAAAAAAACAAAACAAAAAACGUCAGGGGGGCGAAGGGAGGGAGCUCAUUAAGAGCAAGCGCCAAGAGACAGCGGGGUGGGUAGGAGAGGAUGGAGGCCCUGCUUCCUGUGCUCAAGAGUCACCCAGGCCCGUCAGUACUGGUGUGCUCUUUGAUUUUCAGGUUGGCCCACCGGCUGCUCCAAAGGCUGCCCGUGCCCAAGGUGGUGAAGCAGGAUGCCUUCCGCUCCUGGAAGUGGAAGAACCUCUCCGUCUCUAUGGUGCACUCAAUGCUGACUGGGAUUUGGGCCCUGACCUGUGUGGUGGUUUGGCCAGAGACGCUGAGCGACAUCCACUCGUACCACACCCCUCUGUCCUACCUGCUUGUCUGCGUCUCCACAGGCUACUUUGUGCAUGAUGCAACUGAUAUCAUCCUCUCGGGACAUGCAAAAGGAUCGUGGGAAUUUUUACUCCAUCAUGCACUGGUGAUUUGGUGUUUCCUGUACGCCCUGUACACUCAGCUCUAUGUAGCCGGCGCUGUAAUCGCCCUCUUUGUGGAGGUCAACAGCGUCACCCUGCACCUGAGGCUGAUGCUGAAGCUGGCGGGUGCUCAGUCUUCCACCUUGUACUACAUCAACAAGCUCGCCAACCUGUUCACCUACGUUAUGUUUCGCCUCACCACCCAGUUCUACCUCACGUGGUUUAUUAUCCACAACUACUCCUGGCUGGACCACGGUGGAUACUUUCUCGUUUCUAUGAUGGUGAUGAAUAUUAUGAUCCUGAUUUAUUUUUACCGCUUGCUCCGUGCAGACUUCUUCCCUCGGAGCUGUGCAGGACAGAAUGGGAUGCAUAAUAACAACACCAAAAAGUUUAUUAGCGAUUGACAGGGGAAAGGUUUACGGGUCUUUUAUAGUUUACAGGUUUUGUCAUUUUGUUACUGACACCAUUUAUCAUGACGGCAGGAUUCCUUAUCGUGUCUCACUGCCAAAGAACAUACUGCCACAAAAAUUCCAAACCCUGGGGAUGUUACCACUAUUAGCGUAUUUAAAAUGGCUUCUUUGUAUCAUAACUUUUAGGGAAUAAAUUGAGGUUUUGUAAAAGACCCUUAGUGGUUUACCUACCAAGAGUCUGAUGAGAAUAAACCAUAAAACCAGCGUUUUCAUACCUGUACAAUAAAUAUUAAGCUACAGCAAGCAGCUGGUUAGCUUAGCCUAGCUUGGAACCAGGAGGGAAACGGUUAGCUUGGCUCUGUCCAACAAACAAACAAAAAAGUCCUCAUUUAAUUAACAAAUAGUUGUUUUUUUUAACACUUGUUGAAUUUGUGCAAACGUAUUUAAUUUGCCAGUAUUUUCUCCUCUUUAUGUAUGCUAUCUAUGCUAGCCCAGAUGUUAGUGGUGGGGGGAUUUAAAUUAAUUUUAGGUGUUAAACCAUUCCUUUAAUGUUAAAGCUAAGCAUCAUGUCAGGUCUAACAUUUUGAGUAAUGUAUUUUUAAUUAAAACUUUGUUAAAAAAUCAGUCAAGCGGAUCUGAAACCUCAUCUAACAGCAGUUAGGUUUGAUUUGCAUUAAGUUCAGAAAUGAUGGUUUAAAAAGGCUCUCCUGCAAAAGCACAACAUUCUGUUUUUACACUUGGAAUUUUAUACAGGUCAAACCAGGGGUCUCAAACUUAAAUGAGCUGUGGGCCACUGGUGGCACUGUCAUCUCAUUGGAGGGCCACUUUAGUAUUCAAGUAGUACAAAAAAAAAACCCAAACAAAACUUCAAGGACCAAAUUGCAUUAUGUUUCUUCAUGUCAAUAUACGGGCUGCAAGUGGCCCCCGGGCCAUGAGUUUGAGACUCCUGAGUUAAACAAACAAAUCUACUUGUCAGUAGGUUAUAGUUAGUUAGUUUUUAGUGGUAAAUAUUUUUUGCUAUUUAGCCAGUCAGUAUUAACUAGAUUUAUAAUUAUAAUUAGCUUACAGACAUAAGAGCAAUUGUGACCUUAAAUUGAACUCAAAACAAUCACUUGCAUGAUGCAGAUCUUUAAUAUUUAAAGCAAAAGUUUGACUUCUAUGUCAUUACAAUGUCCUUCUUGAUAUUUCACAGCUCUGCAGCCUUGAAAUGUUUCCAGGGACUUUUUUAAGGAAGUAUUUUUAAGCAUUAUUUAAAUUAACUUUAUUUCAAACAUUAUGUGUGAAUUCAACAGUCAAACUGGGUAAAAAUAUUUAAAAGGUUUACAGACUGUGCCCCAAAAUUAGGUUUUUUAAAAAUAUUAUUUAUUCCUGUUAGAUAUACUUAAAUCACUGUCUUUGCUGUUCAUACAUUAAUUCAUAUUUUAACAAAUAUUUGCUGUCUUAGUAAGACCUGAUAUUACUAAGACAGUAAAUGAUGAUAUUUGUGGACAUGCAAAGCAUUAGGGACCAUGGACGAGCAGUUUUAUCACACCUGCUUGGGGGAUGUAUAGCAAGAAGAUGCCCUUGCCUUUGCAGUGAAGUCCAUGUAGUCAUAGCCACUUGGAGGGCAGAUGGAUGUCUAUGCCACAUCAUGUAAACCCUCUGAUGACUAAAUACACUAAAUGUCACUAAAUUAAAAACAGAGCCUUGUGUGUCCACACUUGCAGAAAGUAUAACACCAGAAGAGUGGUGUUGAUUUUUUUUCAUAAGAAUGUCCAUCGACAAAUGCGUAGUUUAUCAGAAAAACAGAAAACUGGAAAUUGUAUUUUACAGUUGCUAACAACCUUGCUCUGUGUUGCUACAUGUUUAACAUUUGCAUGGGUAGCAGUUUUUUAUGUAGGGAAAAUCAUGAUCAGUUUUCCUCUUGCUAUUAGGAAAUUUCUGAUCUUGGACUUUGAAUUUUAGCAGAUUUUAAUUAUAUGUGUAAAUAGAGUGGACCUCUCCCUUUGUCUUUAUGAAGCCAUUUGUGGCUGAAGAGAUGCUGGACUGUGAAAAGACGGGUGCAUAAAAUACAGUGUUGUCAAACUGAAGUGGUAAUACACAAUAAUGUGGGAUAAUUUAUGGUACUCUUGUGGUUCUCAUAUGAAAUCUGUUUGCAUUUGACUCAAGUGGAGCUGGAUCUUCCUGCCAUCUAACAGUAGCUCAUUGGAAA